AUGCUUUUGAUUCAGGAACACAACUGCGUGUCUCUUAAUGUUGGUCCCUUGGGAGAAAUUGGAGCUUACCCGUGUGAACAGAGUGAUUGUGAUGAUGAGGAGCACUCUGAGGCGCUCAGGAAAAAUGAUGAAUUCGCUUACCAGUGGACUGAACACAACUGUUUGUCUGUCAACAUUGGUCCCUCGGAGGAAAAUGGAGCUUAUCUGUGUGAACUGAGUGAUUCUGAUCAUGAGAUGCAUCCUGAGGCGCUCAAGCCAAUAGAUGGCUUCAACUAUCACUCAACUGAGAACGCUUGUGCGAAGAAUCCCUGUCCUCUACGUCACUCCUGUCAAAAUGGCUUUACGUAUAAAGGUUACCGGUGUGAAGAGUUUUCUAGCUCACCUUCAACUCCACCAACAAUCUCCACGAGGCCAAGUAGCAAUACUACUAAGUCAAUCUUGGCCCUGCCGACAGUAUCAAGUGUUGCUUUAAUGUCUGCCGUUAUCAAUGAUAUUGACGAGUGCGCCCAUAACAGCCAAGUUUGUGGUGUGAGGGCGACAUGCAUAAACACUAAUACCUCUUAUGGUUGCACUUGCAAGGAGGGACUUCAUGUAACUGGAGGGUUUUGUUCAGGUGCUGAAUGUCGCACCAUUAUUUUCAAAACACCAAUACAUGACAAAGUCAUGAAGGGCAACGUAAUCAGAACUGUAGAGGUUUCGCAUCAGGGGAGCUGUAACGAAAUGUGUUAUCAGGAGCCCAGCUGUGUUUCUAUGAACUUUGGACCCAAGGAAGGGGGAAACUUCACCUGCGAGUUAAAUCACCAUCAUUCUGCAAAGGGAAAUCAAAGCUCACCUGUUCUGCGAAGUAAAAAAGGUCACAUCUAUCUUGCUAUUGAGAAUCCGUGCAGCAGCAGUCCCUGCUUGAAUAAUGGCACGUGUCAAGCCGGCUACACUGCUAAAGGAUUUCGUUGUAAAUGUCCUAUUGGAUUCACUGGCGCACGCUGCAAGACUGCUUGCAGCUUUGACUUUGAAGAUGGAAUCGGGGAGUGGGAAAUGACCGGCACAGCUUUCAUUUACCAACCAACAUUUGGUGACAAUCCAGCAUAUCGCCACACACAAAGCGCCCAACAACAAGGGAGCUGGUGGAUAGGGGGAGCAGAGAAACGGCCCAGAGAGAGCGAUGCCGUAGGAGUACUUCAUCCAGAAGGAGGCGACGAACCCCAUGGAACUCUCACUUCACCAUGUUUUAGUAUCGUCGGCAAGAGUAUUUCGUUUCUCAUUGGUGGGGGAUGUAAAUUAAAUAGAGUUCGUGCAGAACUCAUAGUCGAUAACAAGGUCGUCAGAAAUGAGACAGGAAACUGUUUGGAGACAAUGUACCGUAAGAGCUGGGACGUAGAGGAGUUUACUGGUCAAUACGCCCAAGUCAGACUCGUUGACCAGAGUGACUGUUCUUGGGGUCACAUUAACUUUGAUGACCUUAAAGGAGAUAUCAUUUGUCCUGAAGGCUAACAAGAUUUUGAAUUGGCGAGAUAAUCAGGGGAUUACAUGUAGAAGCUACGCAGCUGCUUUUGAAAUAUAAUUAACUAGCUCACUAGCUUUGCGCAUGCGCUUUCGAAGUCGCAUUAGACUCUUCCUGUAUAUAACAUUUGGAUAUUUAUACAUCAUACUAAUAUUAGUGAUAUUGGUAAUAAUUAUUACAUCAGCUAGUAUGAGAGGUUUCUAUGUACGUUUUGCGUUGGAGUAUUUAGAUACAAACGGAGGUUAUUUCCACUGAACCACGAUGGAUCUCUGAAAACAUAAAAAAAAAACUCUCUUCUGUUUCUACUAAAUAGUAAAAGAGACAGAGAGUUUUUCAGCUGUAAUAUGUAACACUUUUACUUGUAAG